AUGAACGAACACACGAAUCCAUACCGGCUCGGACGUCGCCCGGGUAAACAAGGUCCGCGUCCUCUGUCGAGUGACCAGGGCAGAGCCGAUAAGUUGGCUACUGGAAAACUCAUCAAACCCAUCAACACGAAGCAUACGACCGAAAACAUACAGAGACUGAAACUAGUCAAAAACACUCUGACAGUUGGCACAUGGAACGUGCAGACCUUAUGGGCUGCUGGAAAACUAGAACUGCUCAGAAAUGAAAUGAAACGUUUCCGACACGACAUUAUCGGAAUCUCGGAAGUACGACGGACUGGAAAAGGCGAAACAUCGAACGGAGAUUUCAUCUGGUCAGGAGAAGAGAAACUACACAUGAGAGGUGUAGGCUUCCUACUAGGCGCCCAAGCUAAAAAGGCACUAAAAGGAUACAAUCCGAUCAGCUCGAGGGUCAUCGCAGCGAGAUUCGCCGCAGCCCCAUUUGACAUCAGCGUUAUACACGCAUAUGCACCAACCUCGUCAUCCUCAGACGAAGACAUCAAAGCAUUCUACAGCGAUAUCGAACAUGCACUAGCUCAGACAGGUAAAAAGGACAUCAUCAUUCUUACUGGCGAUUGGAAUACUAAAGUUGGUCAUGAUAAUACGGAUUGGACAUCCGUAAUGGGAAAAUACGGAUAUGGCGAUAGAAACGAACGCGGAGAGCGCCUCCUGGAAUUUGCUACGGUACACAAUCUGUUCAUCUGCAACACGAGAUUCGAACAAAAACCGAAUCGAAAAUGGACAUGGGCAUCGCCAGAUGGCAUUCAUAAGAAUAUGAUUGACUUGAUUCUCAUCCAACGGAGAUGGAAAACAUCAGUCAUCAACUGCCGAACGUUUCAGAGCGCAGACAUAAGCUCAGAUCAUUCUUUAGUGCUGUGCAACAUCAAACUUCGACUUAAGAAACUGUCCAACAAAUCGCAACAGAGCUACAGAGUCGAUGCGAGUCGACUAAGAGAGGAAACGAUACGGCAAUCAUACAGCGCUGCGCUGGAAAGGAACAUAGGAAACAUUGACUCCACAGAUGAUCUGGAAGAAUAUGCCUCAGAGAUAGCAAAGGCUAUCAAAAAUGCAGCAGAGUCAACUAUCCCUGCUAGAAAAAUCAGUCGAAAACCUUGGAUCUCAGAAGAGACACUGAAACUAGCAGACGACAAGCGUAAACUGAGAUUGGAGAAAGACGUCUCCAUUGAACACGCACGACUGUACAAAGACUUCUGCAGAAAAGUCAAAAAAUCAGCCAGGCAGGACAAAGAAAACUGGAUACAGAACCAAUGCGAAGAGGUUGACAAAGGUCUUCAGAUUGGUAAUACUAGACAGGCAUUCAGCCUCAUAAAAGUCCUAAAGAACAAAUUUGUACCCAGACUGAACGUCAUACGAAAUGCAGAGGGCGAAAUGCUUCAGUCCAAAGACGAGAUCACAAAGAGAUGGACACAGUAUUGUAGCAAUCUGUACAAGGAUCAUGGAGGAGGAAACGAAGUGAUCAAAGAACUCGAAGAGAUCACACCUCCUAAUGAUGAAGAUCCUCAAGACAUCUUGUACGCAGAGGUUCAGAAAGCGAUAUACUCGCUCAAAUGCAACAAAAGCCCAGGCUCAGAUGGAAUCACGGCAGAGAUGCUACAAGCAGGCGGAGAACAAUUAGCGCGCCAGAUCCACAAGCUGUGCAACAAAGCGUGGCACGAAGGCACAAUACCAGAAGAAUGGUCCAAAUCUAUUCUGGUGCCGAUACCAAAGAAAGGAGAUCUCUCUCAAUGCUGCAACUAUCGAACAAUCUCUCUCAUCAAUCAUACAGGAAAAGUCUUCCUGACCGUGCUACUAAACCGACUUAAAACACAGUUAGACCCCUACCUCUCUGAAGAACAAGCCGGAUUUAGGAAAGACAGGAAUACCGUUCAGCAAAUCCUGACACUCAGGCUAUUGGCCGAGAAGGCAAAGAGACAGGGAAAGAAAGUCUUCAAUUGCUUCAUCGACUUUCAAAAGGCGUUCGACACAAUCAAACACAAAAUAAUAUGGGCUACGCUGAAGUCCUACGGUGUCGAAACGAAGAUGGUCACACUGUUGCAGAAGACCUAUGAUAGUGCUCAGUCAGCUGUUCGAAGUGGCAAAGAGAAUGGAGAGCGGUUUCGGACGAACGUAGGAACGAGACAAGGCGAUCCGAUCUAA